AGAAGCAAUUUCACUAUUGGUCACAGGUCUUUAGGGCCCUUCUUAGAAUGACCCCCACAUACUACUUUCCACACUUCUAUCUGGCUUUGCUUCCUCCCAUACCUCUUAUGCACCCAGUGACACAUACGGUAUACCCAUGUGGUUCUGUCCCAGCUAUAUAAGUAUAGGAGCAGAACUGUUUGUGGAAUCUGCCAUUGGAUCAGAUGAAUGGCUGAUGUCUGACUUAUUGACUGAAGAAUAACACGUUUGUGUCUGAGCUCAUGGCGGGCUCUAAUGGCACAGCUGUGGAUGUGCCAUUUAUUUAUCAGCAAAUCUUUAAGGUAGAAUUGGAUGCUGGGCCCAGUACUAAAAUUUCAGUGCUUAUGUUAAUAUCUCUGUUUUUCUUUUUUGUAAACUGUGUGAUGUUCUUUGCCCUGAGAAGCAAGCGUGUCUUCCAUGAGACGCCGCGCUACAUUCUUUUUGGCCACAUGCUUAUGAAUGACUCUGUGCUUUUGCUCCUCACAACUGUCAUGUACACUAUGGGCACGUAUUACCUUCAAGUAACCAGAGCCAUCUGCACUUUGUUAGUCUUUAUCUCCUACUGCACUUUCCGUAACGCUCCUCUGACACUAGCACUGAUGUCUCUGGAGCGGUACGUGGCAAUCUGCUUCCCUCUGAGGCACUGCAAUAUUGCCACACCAAAAAGGACUGGAAUCGCCAUAGGAAUCAUCUGGUUCCUUAGUUCUAUCAAUAUUAUAACGGACAUUAUAUUUGUGUUAAUUAUCAAUCCAAGUUUAUUUGUAGAGGUUUUAUUUUGCACACAAGAAAAAUUGUUUUUAUUCAAAUGGCAGCUGGAUAAAACUCAAGGGUUUGAUGUUCUUUAUUUUGUGUCUGUUGCAGUGAUCAUAGUUUUCACAUAUAUUAGCAUUAUGAUCACAGCCAGGUCUGUUUCCUCUGAUAAAGAUUCUGCUAAGAAAGCUCUCAAAACGGUGCUCUUGCACUUGAUUCAGCUGGGACUGUGUCUCACCUCUUUCCUGUAUGCAACAAUAAACAAAGCAAUAUACACAGUGUCUGACAGCUCUUCUCUCUUCAUAAAUCUCAGAUAUCUGAAUUUUCUUAUUCUUCUUAUGCUGCCGCGCUGCCUGAGUCCUCUGAUUUAUGGUAUGAGAGAUGAAGCCGUGUGGCCCUUAUUCAAAUAUUAUUUCUGCUAUCGUUCAGGCAAAAUAAGGCCCUAUGUUAAUGUACAUUAACUGUGUGAUAUGAGAUGAUAUGAAAUAAUAAUUUGCACAAUGGUAAUUGUAAAGUUGCAACAAACUGUUUCAUCAUUAUGAAUGCCAUAUUUAAACAUGUUUAUCUGAAAAGAUAACAGCACCAUAUACUUUUAUAUUAAA